AAAAAAAAAAAAAAUCCAAAUUAGUGUUGUCUAACACUCAUACUUAGGCUAAAUUUCCUUUGUUUUUAAAAAAAAAAACAAACUUGUGCUGAGAUAUUUGAACUGUGUCUUUGAUAUCAUAGAACUACCUUGUCUAAAAAGAGUUUAAGCUUUUAGAAAACAUAUAUGUUUGUUGAAUUUUAGAUUUCAAGAAAUACUUCUAAUUCUUAACAUGGUUAUGGAUGGUGGAUCAAUAUAUUCAAGGUAGGGUAAUUGCCAGGGGCGGAGCCACUGUACGUCCAGUGCAGGCAGAUGCCCCCACUGGAAUUUUGGGCCAAAAAUUUUUGAGGUUUGUUUGUUUGUUUAACCAAGUAACUCAAUUCUCGAUCCAACAUAGAGAGAGAAGCCCAAUUGUGCAAGGUCAUGACCCGUUUUAGUCCUAUUCAUAUCAAAAUUCAAUUGAAUCAAUUGUUGACCCAAACCCAUUCAUUCAUUUCAAAAAUUCUACCCUUCAUGACUUUGUCUGUGAUGAUUUCACACUUCGCCACCCACUUCCCUCUCCACCUGUGACAAAGCCCGCCAUUCCCUUCCCUCUCUGUCAACCGUCGUCUUCGACAGUCGUAACAGUACAACCGUCGUUCCCUUUCCUUAUCCGACAGUCCAUUAUUAUAUAUCUCCUACUCUAGGCUCUCAUCUUGACAUCUCACAUCUCUGACUCCGACUUUACAUCCUCAGCUCCGCCAAGGCGCCAAGUGCCAACGCCAACCAACCGAGCCGACAAAAGAAGAAGCCAGAUUCCAGAAAGCAAAAGGCGAAGCCCCAAAUUUUUUUUCCCUUAUUUUUUUUUUGGUUAUUUCCAUUUGUGAAAAUUAUAAUAAUUUGUUUUUUGUUUUUUGUUUUUAACAUAUUAAAUUAGCACUUUGUUCGUUAAUUGCUCGAAGCGGCACAAACUUCCAAUGGACCACCAGUUCAUUGUUGCCUCUGGGCUCUGGCUCUCUGGGAAUCUGUGAUUACAGGUAAUCGACUCUGUUUCAUUUUACAAGUCUUCGGAUCAACUAUCGAAUUUUGUUCACUUCGCACAAUGGCAUCAACCCAGGUUAAGUCAAACAAAAUGAGGCGGUUGGAAUCGAAAAAAUCACAUUCCUGGUGGUGGGAUAGCCACAUUAGUCCCAAAAACUCCAAGUGGCUACAAGAAAAUCUCCAAGAAAUGGACCAUAGUGUCAAAAGGAUGUUGAAACUCAUAGAAGAGGAUGCAGAUUCAUUUGCCAAAAAGGUUGAAAUGUAUUUCAAGAAGAGGCCAGAGUUGAUCAAUCUUGUUGAAGAGUUUUAUCGUGUAUAUCAGUCACUGGCCGAGCGUUAUGAUAAUGUGACUGGAGAACUUCGAAAAAAUAUUCCUUCGGAUCUUCAAUCUCAGGGCUCUGGCAUAUCUGAUGUUGGAUCUGAACCACCUUCUACUGUGCCGUCUCUUGAUCCAAGGCCAACUCAACGUAAAUCUGGGCCCCGUGCGGCUGGUUUUGAAUUCUUUCUCGGCAACAGUGGAAAUAGUUCAGAUAUUUGUACUAAAGGCGAUGAAUCAUCACUACAGGAUUCUGAAUCAGAAUCAGAUGAUUCCUCUAUUAACAAUUAUUCGGGUACUCAGAGCACCGAUGUGGAUCAGGGGAUGCGCCAGAGGAUUAUUGAGUUGGAAGCUGAGCACCGUGAGAUGAAAGAGAAACUCCGGGCCCAGCAGAAACAGAUUUUGGAACUCUCUGUUAAGAAGUCAGAUGAUGAAAAUUCUGAAGUUCUUGCUAAAUUAGUAGCACGCGAAGAAGAAUUGAGGGCUGCGAAGCAAAAGAUACUACUCUUUCAAGAAGAAAUCAGCCGUCUGACAAUUGAGAUUCAAAAGUAUAAAUCUUUAGAAGAUUCAAAUGAUACAAGGCAGAAAGAUGCUGAAGUUUUGGAAUCCGAUGUUGAAGUUGAAAGAUAUCAUACUAGAGAGCUUCAGAAAAGUGCAGAAGGAUCAGAAGCGGAAGAUUCGGAGUCAGUGAACAAAAUUCAGACGCUUGAGGAAGAACUGAGAAUUACACGGGCGAAGCUUCGUGAACUGGAAAAGGAAGUUGCCAGUGCAAUGCAGGACCAUACAAGGAAAGAAUCCCGUAUUCAAAUUUUGCAAGAUCAGCUUAAAUCAGCUCAAAAGGAGGUUUCAGUAUGGAAAACUAAAGUCGAGAGAGAGAAAAGAGAGGCUUCUAAGCUGCAAGACCGGAUUGCUAGGUAUAAAUCCAAUCUUGCUGACCGUGAUCAAGAAAUCAGAGGAUUGAAGGAAGCAGUAUCGAACGCUAAUAAGAGCUUAUCUGAAGAAAACAAGCAACUUCAAGCAGAAAUAACUAGAACCGUGAAGGAGCGAACAUAUUUAGAGGACAAUCUGAAAGAACUGGAUUUACGCUGCCAAACCUUAGGGGAGGACGUUAGACGAGUCAAGGCUGGAAAAGAAGAGAUGGAAAAUAUGCUUGGAGCUCAAGUUGAGCAGUUGAAUGCAGAGAUAACCGAGAGAAAUGACCACAUAGAAGAAGUAAACAAAAGCCUCAAUGAGCUGAAACUGAAAUACGAGAUACUGAUGGCUGAAAAAGACAAUCUUAAUGCUAAACUUGCUGAAUUUUCUGCAGAGAUUAAUUCUAAAGAAGACCGAGUGGAUAAAAUGAACGAUGAAUUGAUCACUGCACGUGAACUGGCAGAAGAUCUUCGUUCACGAGUUAAAGAAUUGGAAAUAGAGGUGGAGAAAAGGCAAGAAAUUAUUAUGGAAGGGGCGGAAGAGAAACGAGAAGCAAUUAGGCAGCUUUGCUUCUCACUCGAGCAUUACCGGAGUGGGUAUCAUCAACUUCGCCAGGCUGUUAUAGGGCACACGCGAUUACCCGUGAUGGCAUCCUAGGUUUCUUUAGUUUCAAUGCAUUCAGGUUUGUGAAUAUAGUUUUUUUGCCUCUUGACUUCUGGGCCUCUUGUAGAAUUCUCUUUUCUUAUGGUCUUACAGUUUCUUAACUCUUUAAAUGUACAGUUGUUGUACGGGUACUUGGUUGGGUAUAAGUACAUAAAUGUUAUACAGGUAGUGCUUGGCUGGA